CAUUUGCAGCCAUGUGUCACGCUGUUCUUCCUCAGUGGAGAAACGUGGUUUGUUGGGCUGCUGCGCUUUGUGUGUGUCUGUGUUACUCUUUAAUUAUUAUACUGCAGUGUCUGUUGUUUGUUGACUUGUUUUAACAAUGACGGAGGGCAAGAAGUCCUCGAAGUCGAGCCAGAAGCUGCUCGCCCUGAACCCCAGUGAGGACGCCGAGUUUCAGAAGAAAGUACAGCAAGUGAAGAGCAAAAAGACCCGUCCCGGCUCGACCCUGAAGCCAGGAGUGGUGUAUGUGGGCCACCUUCCCCAAGCCUUGGCUGAACCGCAGCUCAGAGCUUAUUUCUCACAGUUUGGCAAAGUUAACCGGUUAAGAAUUUCCAGAAGUAAAAAGACUGGCCGAAGUAAAGGCUACGCCUUUGUGGAAUUUGACUGUGAUGAGGUAGCUAAGAUUGUGGCUGAGACCAUGAACAACUACCUUAUGGGGGAGAGGCUGAUCAAAUGUGAAGUGAUUCCUCCUGAGAAGGUUCAUGAAAAGCUCUUUGUUGGUUCGCGGAAGAUGUUUUCAAAGCCCAAACAGCCUGCGGUCUCUCGCUAUAAUAGAGAUCAUGAUCCAGAACAGAUGAAGAAACUUACUGGAAAGCUUCUACACAAAGAAAACAAGCUUAGAAAGAGACUGGCAGAAAAAGGCAUCGACUACGAUUUUCCAGGCUUUGCAGCUCAGGUUCCAGCAAAGAAAGCUCAGUCCAGUGCUGACACAUCAGUCUGCAGUGAGGACGCCACGCCUGUAUGCACCCCUUCAGUCCUGGAGAAGAGAAGGUCAAUGAAAGUAGACGACGAUGACGUUGAUGAUGAGGUUAUCAUCAAAACGCAGCCUAGAUCAGAGAACAGUAAAGAUGUUGAAGAUUGUGAAGACACUGUGGAGGAGAAGGAGGAGGAUGAUGAGGAAGAAUCGGAGGAUGAAGAUUAACAGCCAGAAGACGACAAAGGAUCAGAUGGUGUGAAGGCUUGAACCUCUGUUCUGUAGAGGGACUUGGAAAAAAUCCUCCUGAACUGCAGUGUCUGUGGUUGUAUAUAGAACUUUCUCAGUUCAUCCUGCUGAUCUACAGGAGAGAAACACACAGCUGAUGGCCUCGUUGUUCUAACCUGAGGAACUGUUUCAGCAUUUGUACAUGUUUAAUUGAAACGUUUUUAUGCAGAUGUUUUAUCUGUGACCUUGUCAUGGCUAUGGUUUAGCAUGUCAGCUGCUUUGUUAAAGCAGACAAGCAGACUUCAAACACAAGUCAAAAUAACCAUAGAAUCAUACAGAAAACUGUACAUACCACCUGUUUAAAAGGGUGUGCUUUUUUGUUUUUUUCUGAAGUGGUGUUAAUGCUUUACAGCAGAGGAAAGUGUGGAGCAAACACCAGGACUACACAGCAGAACCUGCUAGAAUACAGAAUGCAGAACAGAUAGAAGAUAUAUGUUAUGGCUGGGUGUAGGGUGGGUUAUAUAAUAUUGUGAUAAAUUGUCACAGUAUGCUUUUCUGAGAAUAUCAUGGAUAUCUUCAGGACUUUAACCACACUGAGCAACUGUAUCAUAAAGUAUAAUGUAUAUUUGUUUCAGUUUGUGGAAUGAAUAAACAAAACUGUUGUACCUAAA